GUGAGCAAGGACGUGUUACAUCACUGUGGUCAGUGUUAUAAACGGAGGUUUACAGUGAUUUGAAAUUGUAUUUAAAUUGAGGAUGGCAGACGACAAGAAUGAGUUGGCUGAGGCAGUGAAGAAGACAGAGUUCACAGAGCUAGACUGGUUGACCCUUAGGAGUGACCUUGGUGAAGUACAGCUCAAGACUCAUGAAACUUCCGGCGAGAAAUUCAAGAGGAAAUUUUAUGAGAAUCCAUUUGUACCUAUUGGAUGUGGAUUAACUACAGCUGCUCUCUGCUAUGGGUUGUGGAGUUUUAGCACUGGCAAACGCAAGUCAUCGCAGAACAUGAUGAGGCUCCGUGUAUUUGCACAAGGCUUUACUAUUGUUGCUCUGAUGUUGGGUAUUGUGAAAACUUCACUUAAAUGAUGAAUUAGCUGAGUAUUGUUCAGUUAAAGUGACAAAAUCUAGUGUGUAUGUAUGUAUGUACAAUAAGUUCUCAUAAAGAGUCGCAAGGAA